UAAACGAUCGAUUUACACGUGUGGAGAAUAUUUUCCACGGUGCAGAGGCCUCACGCUUUUUUUUUCUUGUGAAAUGGCUAAUUUAAGAAAAUUCAAGCCUCUCUUUGACAGGAUCUUGGUUGAAAAAUUCCUCCCAGAAGUGAAAACAAAAGGAGGUGUUCUCCUUCCUGAGAAAGGCCAAGGCAAAGUGCUAGAGGGUACUGUUGUGGCUGCUGGCCCUGGAAACUGGGAUCACAAAAACAACCAAAGGAUAGAAGUUAAUGUCAAGGUUGGAGACAAGGUUUUACUACCAGAAUAUGGAGGAACAAAAAUAAAUUUGGAUGAAAAGGAAUACUUCAUCUACCGUGACACUGACAUCUUGGGGAUUUUUGAGUAAUGCCAGCUGCUAUUUGAUUAUGUAGUGGUGGUGCUGCUAGAGAAGAAAAGAAUCACAUUCUUGGAAAUUACUGUUACUUUAGCUGUGAAAUAACUAACUGUUAAUCAUUGUGAAGUACAGUGUUUUCUUGGUAAAUAACUUGUCUGGACCUCUUU